AACAAAAAUGACACUACACGACGGCACGACAAAAUCAUAUAUUUCAGAAAAUUACUUUUAAAUCAGUCCGAAGACGAUCAAUGAAUGAUAAUCGAUUAUGGAUAAUCUAAUCGAUGUGUAUUAUCUGGUCCAAUUGAUUGUCUGGCAGAUUUUAAUAUUUUUGCGAGACUUCGUCUUCCACAAAUUUACAUGGUUCGCUCCUGUGGAGGAAGAUCUCGAUAACACGAGUCCAAAAAUACACGCCGUCGCGCCGCAGCAUCCCGCCGCUGAUCUUUUCAUAUUCCUCAUCAUUUGUGGACUUUUCUUCACUUUCAUGAUAUUGUCCACGAAUUAUCCUAAGAGCGAAGCAUCGCACUACGACAUAAAUAACAUUGAGACGAUUUCCACGGCUCUCGAAGAGGAUCAGUCAUCCUUCUGGUAUUUGACAACGGAAUUAACGAAUUGCUUCUACGCUUGCGGCGACUUGAUUGGUCCAUCGGGCGACAUCGUUUCCAAAAUGCAAAAUAUUUCGCGUCCGAUUAUCUCGAACACUAGGAUAUCACAACAUAAAGAAUCAAGAAUCUCGCAUUACAACGCCCACUCUAGUUACAUUAAUCAUUCUCAAAAGACACAGGCAAAUCGUCCUGUUUCUAAGACGAUACCCCGAAAAUGGUUGAUAAGACGCACUAGGAGCGGCCAUGUCUAUGGAAAAUAUCCGAUUUAAAGAAAAAAGAUCGCCGUCGAAGCUAAUCAAUGAAGAUAUGUAUUCAUAACAGUUCGUCGUUUAAUUCCAGAUGAAAAUAUCUUCUUCGUCUGAAAAGGAUCGCAAUUACUUCUUGCGAGCGUUCUCUAGCAAUUUUUAAUAAUUUAAUAACUAUUUUUUAUUAUAACUGUUUUCCUUGUUAUAGUUUAUAUUGUCUUUUUAUUGCAUGAAGAGCAAUUCUCU